AUGCCUCUAAACUUGAAGUUGUCAAAGAAUGAUGGUGAAAAAAUCUGUGAUCCUUCUAUUUACAGAAGCAUAGUUGGAAGUUCACUUUACUUGACUACAACAACACCUGAUUUAAUAUUCCCUACAACAUUAUUAUCGAGGUUUAUGAGUUCACCUUCUGAUGUUCAUUUGGGAGUUGCCAAGAGGGUUCUCAGGUAUGUGAAGGGCACAACAAGUGAAUGGCUGGAUUAUUUAAAGGUAGGAAAUGUGAAGUUGAUUGGAUAUUCUGACAGAGAUUGGGCAGGGAGUUUGGAUGACAUGAAGAGCAUUCAGGUAUUUUUUAACCUUGGCUCAAGAGCAAUCUAUUCGAGUUCCAAGAAGCAACAAGUUGUGGCUCAAUCAACUGCAGAAGCAAAAUAUAAUGUUGCUGCUGCAAACCAAGCAAUUUGGUUGAGAAAUUUACUUUCUGAUCUUGGUUUUAAGCAAGAAAGUGCUAUUAUUCUUUUGUGUGAUAAAAAGUUAGCUAUUGCCAUUGUUGAAAAUUCAGUUUAG